CGGUUUCUAGCCGAGUUGCGUCAUGCGCAUUUCCAUGGAGACCAAUGACAGCUCGAGGAUCGCGUAAUACUGGGCAUUCAAGUGGCACGAUGUCUUGGGUGACAAACGACCCUCCUUUUCAUCACAUGCUUCGGGCUUCUGGGCAAGCUGAGGUCUGGAAUGAUUUUGCCGACGAGGCCAAAUUUCGUCAGUAUGGUUGGCGGUGUUCAACGAAUGAAGACUCUUAUUCAAAUGCCACCCUCAUUGGUAACUGGUCAGAAGAGAGGGUUGACACUCGCCGUACUGUGGCGUUACGACGCCCCCUUCCGCAUCAGUUCUCCCACUACUUUGAAACCACAUAUUAUUCCAGCUACAAGAAAGAUGACAUUCGGCCGAUUUACACAACCCCGAAGAGAGAGUCAAGAAGCUUCCCUGGCCACCAACCAGAGCUGGACCCUCCACAAACUAAGUGUGUGCCAAACUCCUGCUACAGACUGGUCUUUAAAGGCCCUCAACAUAGAGUAGAAAUAGUGGGGGAGACUUCAGAGCCUCAGUGCGGGAGUGUAGCAGAGACAAACUGAAGCCUUUGGCAGAGAAAUUUGGCUCCCAAAAUUAUAUCAGCUUCAGUAGCCUCCAACUGACUUCUGUGAGUGAACCACUGUCAAAUAUUGAUAAAAAGUAUUAUUAUAUUUUGUUCAAGCAUGUGUCUAUUUUUUAAUCAUGCAUAUAGUGAAAAGAAAAUGUACCCAUGUUGAUUGAUUUUCCAUACAUAGUGAGGUUUGAUUAUUUUAGUUCUCAAUUUCAAUUAUAUUGUACUUUACUGCAUUAGCCACCUCGUAAAAUACAUACGAAUUGGUAGUGUUGAGAGAUAGUGAGGAAAGUCAAAAAUUUCUACAAGCAGCGCUAGCCUAUACUUGAGUUUAAAAUGCAGAGCAAUUCACCAUUUCAACAUAUAUUUUGUAGGCCUACUCAUAGACUAAAUAUCUGCCAGACCAUUGAAUUCCCUAAUCUUUGAACAUUUUGAGUUAGCCUACGCUAUGUAAUAAAAGAAAAAAUAAUAAUUUUGAGUAAAAAAAAAAAAAAGAAAGUUCACACUGGUUUCGAAUGGCUGAAGCAUUUAUUGAUAAUUAUAUAAUGACGUUAAUUAGUUAAUUCAGUGCUUCAGCUGUGAUUAAUGAGGAAAGCAGUGGACAGUGCAAAGCCAUGUUUUGAAGUUCUCCUUCUCACUUACACCUCCUAGUGGGGAUAAUGCAGCAGUUUAGGCCUUUGCUUUAGCGGAGUGAUAUAAAUAUAAGGAAAUAAGGAUAUUUAUCCUACAUCUUUGUCAGAACCUGCUUAUGUUGCUUUUCCAUAUAAAAAAAAUUACUGAUUUAGUUUGAUAUUAGCAGCUUUACCAUUGUUGAAUAAGUGAGCCAUUGCUAAGAGACUGAAUAGUCUCAGUGAUUGUAAACAAUAUAAAUUCUUGGCCCUUAUUCACAUGCACAGACAUCUCAGCUCACAUCUCACUCUCAAAAGUAACAUUCAAAUAUUAUUUAGUAAAUCUCAAGGGGGACAUUUGACCUAUACACCGUGCUUGCAUGAAUAAACUUGCUUUAAAUGCUUUCAUUUUCAUUAACUGUUGCAGUAACAGCAAUUCUUGGAACCGUACCGCUGUGUGAGUAGCACCUGCAAUUCCUGCUGCUUAACCAUGAAUUAACAAUUAACCGUUUAAUUCCGGUUUAAAGCUGUGUUGAGCAACAUAUUCAUAUUAUUUUAUUUAAAAGGGGUUCAUAACCCCCUUUAACCUUGGGUUUUAAAGCCCUGCUCCUGCUAUUGUCGUGAAAAUACAGUGGUGAAAGUAUAGUGUGAAGCAACGCAGUGCAUAAAUGUGUCAUUAACCAAUCAAAAACCAGAACAACAUUCACAAAGCUUGUCAAAACACUUAAAUACUGUCACUUUUUUAAGAACGUAUCCACAUUCCCUCACUGUGUCCUCUGGUCCCAAAUUAAAUUCAAAAUAAACAUACUUUUUCAAACCAAAAACAAUAGCCAUUGUGACAUCUCAAACAAAUCAUUUUAACAUACUCAGAAUACACAAUAACAGAAGAAACACUUUACAGCAAGGUUCCAUUUGUUAACAUUAGUUAACUAUAACACGAACUAACAAUGAAAAAUACUUAUAAAG